AUGGCGAGGACUAGCGAUGGCAACAGCGCUGGACGACUGCUUCGCGUGUUAGGAGACUGCGAACUCUUCCACAUGGAGGCAGCGAUGGUCAGUGUCAAACCCAGGACCAGCUCUGAGUCUUUGCUAAAACCUAGUGGCGGGGACAACGUGGACGUGCUGAAACGCACUCCUGAGGGUCGAGUGCUGUCGCUGUCAGACCACAAGCGGAUUGCAAGACUGCAAGCUGCUUUGACUACAGUAAGAAAUGCCUAUGACAUUCAAGAUAAUGGUGAAGGAUCAGGAAAAAAGAACUCGAGCCGAAAUUUAGUGCACAUGGUGGCUGGAGCUGCUAUGAUGCAGUCGAUGCGAGAUUGCACGGCGUCUCGGACGAACUGCUGCAUUUGGGGGUCACAAGCGGAGAUUAUGCAUAUAUUGCUGGAGUGGAUCAUGAACCUCGAACGUGAAAGUGGUGGAAAAACAGUGUCUACUUGUGACUAUGCGCGGCAGUUGCUGCUGGAAUGGAUGCAGCCGAUUACCGAGAAGCAGAAACAGUUGGUUGCUUGUCUUACGCUUUUUGAGUUGUUGCAACGGCAUCGUUCCAAGUUACAGACGUUCGAAGCACGAGAGGAGAAUGUUUGCCUGCUGGGUGAUCAAGUUGAGGUAUACAUGGAUGCAAUUCGUGAUAUUGUAGAACGAGGAACUACUCGGGUUGACUUGCAUCGUGUUAAACCGUCCAAGCUUGCGCUGAUCGCCUUAGAAACGCUUAUAUUGCUGAGUGGGGACGUCGCUGCCCAGUAUUUGAUCUCCAAUGAAGUAGCACAAACGCGUUUGGUUGACGAUAAGUUGAUGCACAAAGUGGUGGAGACCAUGCGAUUCUGUCUUAUGACGCUACGGCAGUGGCAUUUACACUCAACACGCCGACAGUUACUUGGGUAUGCGAUUCAACAUCUGCUAGCAUAUGUCACUGCUUGUGAUGUCGUCUUGCCAAGUAAAAAUCGAAAUGGAGAUGGAAACACGGGUGUAGAUAACCAAACCGUGCUUGAUGUACUAUGUUGGCAUUGGGAGACAACCGCCCCAGUUCUUUGCACACGCUCUGUCGCAUUCUCUCGAGUCCAAAAGCACCAGCCGUCUAAGGUUCUUGCUCGAGUUUUGGAGAGGUGGGCUACAGAUACAUAUGCAACCCGAGAUAAGCCUGGCAUUGUUAACCCUGAGGUAGUAAACGCUCAACUACGCUACGUGUGCCUAUUGAUGGAUUCAAUUGGUGGAGUGAAAGGAUGUUCCAAGGCAUUUGGAGACUUUUCAGCAGAAAUGAAGGCAAACUUUGUUUUCUUCUUUGUGCACGGUUUGACUACGGCAGUCAAAAAUGGCAACUACACGACAGUUCUACUCGUUUUAGAAGUCCUAAGAACCCUACUGUUGCCCAGUGAUUCACUCAGCCUUUUGGACUCACGAGACGAAGAACAAGGUCUUCUUUCGCAGUUGCUUCGUUCACACGGCAGGUCCACAGUCACGCGUGUGGUUUCUGAUAUUGGAUCGGAAGCUCAAACAGAAUUGGAGUUGUUUGUCGCCGACUUCAUUAUUUCUCGUGGAUUAUUGAUCACUGAGCUUGUAUGCCGAGUAGAUGGCACCCACACUGCAAAUGUUAUGAAUGCAAUUUCACUCGUGCGGACAUUUCUAUACCAACUCGACAAUGCAACUAAUCAAUCACCGCUGUAUCGACACUGGCGCAAGCAGCUUACGCCGGGCGUAUUGUGUCUCAUCACUCACGAAAACUACAGUGUGCAGCGACUGGCUAUUUCAUGCUUGCCAUCACUUGACGCUUUGUCCUGCGUCGCUGGAUUGACCACAACCGCUAUGCACAAAGCUGGAAGCCAAGUCAUCUCAUUGGCACUUGGAUACCUUUUCUCGACUGCGACGCGGAAAUCUCUUGAGGUAAUGGUGUCGUGGUAUAUUGAUGCGUGCCAGUUUGGGAGCAUUCAAUCCCAUUUCAUCUCUAGUAAGAUGCUGACAGCUCCUCGUGAUUGGAGUGACUACGUUGCCCAACUGGGUGCAAGUGCUAAAGAAAAUGCUGCUAUCGACGAACGGAAGGAGCUGCAAGAGAGACUAUUUUCAUUGUGCUUCAGCCCAACGGGGUGGAGCAAUUAUCUCCGAGCGACAAAUACGAGAAGUGAAGUUUUGUGCAUCCUACUUCGCAAGAAUUUUGGUUCUCCUCGUGAUCCUGUGCUAUUAAGAAUGCUGCGUGAAUUUACGGCGUGUGGCUGGGUGAACCAUGAAGAAUUUGAAGUCAUGGCGCGGCAAAUCUGCUCCUUUAUGAUGAAUGUUCCGCGUUUAACUGAAGAGUCUUUGAAUGAUAAUUCGCCCUCAGCCGCAAAAAAUAUUGAGGGGUUGCUAUUUUCUGGAUUAGCACCGCUGCUAGUGCUACGAAUGAUUCCUAGAGAGGUCUUUCGAUCCGUCCAAAUGAAGACGCUGUCGUGUGGGCGCGAGGAUUUGGAUCACCUAAAUGAGUAUAUCGACCAUCAGCUACAGGUCGAUGACAGCGACCUAAACACUAAAUUUGAAGUGAAGGCGUGUGCCACGGGUGAAGUUCUCUUUCACAUUCUUGCCCGCUCCGUGGUGGAUCCACUGGAAUUCAAGGAGGUCAAGAUGCUCGCAACGGAGUCUUUGUCCAAGUUUCCUCCCCCACUUGUGAUGCCGUUCGUGCUUGCACACGUAGUUGCAUUCUUGCGAGAAGCAACCCCUCACGGAGAACAAGAUUGUUCAUGUAUUGUCGAAGACGACAGCGUUCCAGAUUCUUGUGGACUGGUGACAGCUAAGUUGAUGGUGUACUACCUCAACAGAGUUUUUUCGGAGGAUGAACACGCCUACAAAGAUUGUGACAUCAGUUCAAAAGCAAUUGCAGUGCUGGUGCAAAUCCUGGCACUUCCGGCCGAUGAUUCACUCGUUGCCGACCUCCAACGCGGUUGCAUAGAUUGCAUAUCGUUGAUACUCUCCAGACUUGCAGCAAACGACAGCGGACAAGAAACGAAAAAAAUGCCGAGUGCUGCAUCACUUAUGAACCUGCUGAUAGCGUGGAUAUUCGGGAUCCAGAAUGGAGAUAACGGAGAAAACAGUAAAACUCGUGAUACUGAUGGCAUCGACUCACGAGUGCAAAGACUGCUCGAUAGUAUGUGGAGCGAAGCUCGAUACGACCAAUUACCACUGCAAGUUCGUAUUUGCUGCUGCAAUGUCCUACUCAGGUUGGGUUUGAUUGUUAUUUGA